AUGUUCACGCCCACGCGUCGACUCUUCCAGAAGGCUCACGCAUGCCGGAUCACGCUUUUCGCCCGCGAUGGGUGCGGCUUGUGCGUACGCGCCAAAUCGGCGCUCUCCAACGUUUGGGACAGGAGGCCAUUUGCCUUUACGGAGAUCAACAUCACCGCGCCGGACGCGAAGAGCUGGAGGGACCUGUAUGACUUUGAUGUCCCGGUGAUCCACAUCAGCAAAGCCGAGGCUCCUGAGGAGGACCCCAAGCUAGUGGGCAAGGCCGUCAAGCUUAUGCAUCGCUUCGAUCCGGAUCAGAUCGAGGCCAAGAUGGAUCAAGUCGAGUGCAAGAAGUGA